UAGAGUACCAAACAGAUACUAAGAUACUAGAGUUUCCUCGGUUCUUCAACAAAAUCAUAACCUUGAUUGACUUCUUAUUCCGAAAAUAUCCCUUUCCACCUUCUCUCCAGUCUCUCUUUUACUACCACAAAUCAUUUACCACUGUUACAUGAUAUGAGAACGAAGCACGAUGAAAGUUGAAGCGAAGGGAAUCUCACAAACAAAUAUUGUUCUUAGGCUCUUUCAGUUUAUCAAGUAUGGCUUUCGUCGAAACCAUGUUUUUUCUUCUAAUCCAGCAUUUGGUCUCGGCAUCUAGUAGUGCAGUUGCUGGUCAUCCCCAGAGUCCUCAUCACUCUUUGAUUGCAGACAAGGCUGCUCUGCUGGAGUUCAAGAAGGCCAUUGUAUAUGAUCCGUAUUCCAAGCUGGCUAAUUGGAAGGAAGCUACUGAUGUCUGCAAGUUCACGGGUGUCAGCUGCAACUUCACGGAUGUCAUGUGCAACUUCACGGGUGUCAGCUGCAACACACAGCAUUAUCGCGUAUCAGAUCUCAUUCUGAAGGAUUAUGCGCUUGCAGGGCGGCUUUCACCCGUCAUUUCAAAUCUUACAGGCCUCCGUAACCUCGUGCUAGUUGGAAAUCACUUCUAUGGAACUAUCCCUGCUGAAAUUGGCUCACUCAGGCGCCUCCAUCGUCUACUGCUAGAGGGGAACAACUUUCAUGGUUCAAUACCGGAUUCCUUAGCCCUUCCUUCAGAACUCACUACAGUUAGUCUAUUGCAAAAUAAUUUAACCGGCGCCAUUCCACCUACACUCUUCUCCAACUGCAGUAUGUUAGCGGUUUUAGACCUUUCCAACAACCUUCUUUCCGGAAAAAUUCCGAUAGAGAUUGGAAAUUGUCCAAAACUAUGGAGCCUCAAUUUAUACAACAAUCAGUUCACUGGAGAACUUCCUCUCUUUCUGACCAAUAGCUCACUGGUCAACUUAGACGUCGAAUGUAACCAUCUUUCUGGAGAGUUGCCCAUCAAGUUUGCACAGAAGUUGCAAAAUAUUCUCUAUCUUCAUUUAUCUAACAAUGAUAUGGUAAGCCAAGAUGGCAACACUAAUCUUGACCCAUUUUUCUCUGCCAUCACAAAUUGCACUUCUCUAGAGGAGCUUGAGCUGGCUGGUAUGGGCCUCGGAGGAAUAUUGCCCAGUUCCAUCGGUAGACUUGGUAUCAAUUUUACGAAUCUUUUGCUGCAAGAAAACCAGAUAUUUGGAUCAAUUCCUCCGAAUAUAGGUAAUCUUUCUAAGCUUGUGGUCCUGAAUUUGACAUCCAAUCUUCUGAAUGGAACAAUCUCAGCAAACAUCAGUCAGCUGUCACAUUUGGAACAGCUUUUCUUAUCACACAACCUGUUCACCGGCGCAAUUCCAGCUGCAUUGGGCCAGAUGACUCACCUCGGCCUGCUUGAUCUCUCUCAUAACUCAUUCUCCGGUGAUAUUCCAAGCAGUAUAGGAAAUUUGGUUAGCCUGAAUUAUCUGUUCCUCAACAACAACCUCCUUUCCGGAUCAAUACCCCCAACAUUAGGAUACUGCAUACAGCUGUACAAGCUUGAUUUAUCAUACAACAGAUUGACAGGCAGCAUCCCCCCACAAUUAUCGGGUUUGAGUGAGAUCAGAAUUUUUAUAAACCUCUCACAUAAUCAACUCGAAGGGCUUAUACCGAUUGAACUCAGCAAACUGGAAGAUGUUCAAGAGAUGGAUCUUUCAUCGAACAACCUAAGUGGAAGUAUCUUCCCACAGAUAUCGAGUUGUAUUGCAUUGACCCUGAUUAACUUUUCACACAAUUCUUUGGAGGGGAAACUUCCAGAUUCCAUAGGUGAGCUGAAGAAUCUUGAGUCCCUUGAUAUUUCAGGAAACCGCUUCUCUGGAAAGAUUCCACUAAGCCUCAACAACAGCCGAACGCUCACAUAUCUAAAUCUUUCUUUCAACAACUUUGAAGGAAUGAUUCCCUCUGGUGGCAUCUUUGAAGCUGUCUCAUAUACAUCUUUCUUGGGCAAUCAGCACCUUUGUGGUACUGUUUCCUUCAGACCUGCUUGCCCCCACAAAAAGCUUCCGUUUCAAUCGCACAUUUUCUUAAUCCUAUUCAGCUUAGUCAUAUUCAUAUCAACAUCCCUAUCAAUACUAUGCUGUGUGAUUGCAAUCCGGCGCAUUCAGGCACUAAUCUCAGCUCACAGGACUGCGAGAGCAAGAAAACCAACACAACCAGAAUUGGUUCACAGUUUCCCAAGAGUCACAUAUCGAGAUCUGUCGGAUGCCACUAACGGAUUUGAUGAUCAGAGACUGAUCGGAACGGGCAGCUAUGGACGCGUGUACAGGGGAGUUCUUCCAGAUGGGACAACGAUAGCAGUCAAGGUCUUACAGUUGCAAUCUGGAAAUUCAACAAAGAGUUUUACCAGAGAAUGCCAAGUCUUGAGGAGAAUUCGGCACAGAAACCUUAUAAGGAUUAUAACAGCAUGCAGUCUACCGGACUUUAAGGCCAUUGUUCUUCCUUAUAUGGCAAACGGUAGCUUAGAAAGCUGUCUCUAUCAACAUUCGAAGACAGGUCUGCGUUCAGGUUCUUCUGAUUUGAGCCUGAUCCAAAGGGUGAACAUUUGCAGUGACAUAGCUGAAGGGAUGGCAUAUCUACAUCACCACUCUCCAGUCAAAGUUAUACACUGUGAUCUAAAACCGAGCAAUGUUCUUCUCAACGAUGACAUGACAGCUUUAGUUUCCGAUUUUGGGAUCGCAAGAUUGCUGAUAGCUGGAGGUGGAAAUUCAGCUCUUGAGAACAUGGGAAACUCUACUGCAAAUAUGUUAUUCGGAUCCAUUGGAUACAUAGCACCAGAAUACGGGUAUGGUUCUAAUGCAUCUACAAAAGGCGAUGUUUACAGCUUUGGCGUUCUGGUUCUAGAGAUGGUGACAAGAAAAACGCCAACAGAUGACAUGUUUGUUGGAGGGCUAAACCUGCACAGGUGGGUCAAGAACCAUUAUCAUGGAAGGGUAGAAAAAGUGGUUGAUUUCUCCCUAAUGAGAGCUUCUAGAGAUCAAUCCGCCGAGGUGAGAAAGAUGUGGGAUGUCGCAAUUGGAGAGUUGAUAGAGUUGGGAAUCCUCUGCACACAGGAGUCCCCCUCCACUAGGCCGACAAUGCUCGAUGCUGCGGAUGACUUGGAUCGACUGAAAAGAUAUCUCUGUGGUGAUACUACUGCAACAUUUGCCUCUACCCUCGGAAUUUCUUCUCCUACCCUAGACGACGGCUAGCAUCCCGCAUCCCGUAUCUUUUUUUAACGAAAUGCUUUCUUUCUGUUUCUAGCUCUAUGUCAAACUUGUCUUGCAAUCAGCAUAGAAUCUCUUACAUUCUUAUCGAUCAACGGUAAGAACAAUGAUCACAGCUGGAUUACAAUUAUUUCCUAAAUAUGUUUUACAUAGAGCAGAAAAAUAAAAACAAAUAGACAGAUGCUAAUAAUUGAUGCAGGGCGCAGCGGGUAGAAACAAAAUAAAAUGAUAUGGACUGAUAAAUAAGAUUAAUAAGAAAACAAAAGGCAGAGUCCACUAUCUCCAAGUGCAAGGAGAGACCUGAAAACCCUAUACACUUUGGUUCUAGUACCAACUUAUGACGUAGACACUAGAAAGAACAAAGUUGCAGACUCUUAAACAAGAGAAAGGCACACAUAUGAGAUAGAACUCUCUCUCUCAAUAUUUCAUUCAUCAACAAACAACGUCCCACCUCCCCACCUUCCAGCAAGAAAUUGGUUUUAUAUCAAAUUUGUAACAUAUAGUUCAGAAUUUAGAAGGACAAUAAACUUAAAAACACUAAAACUGAAGACGUGAUGAUCAUCAUCUCGUCUUGAAGACGUAAUGAUUAAGAAGCAAAUUGCAGCUCUAAUGCAUACAAAUGUUGUAAUAUUAGGGAGAUAAUGCAAAACAUGAUGAACAGUGUGUGAAAACCGUGGGAAAAGGAAGCAAUUAAAAACACAAUGAUAAGGAAGGAAUACAUGAUGUGCUCAGUCACGCGGCCUCCGACCGAAUCUCCUACGCCCACUCCUCGUCAUCACACAACUUACACAUUUGUCAACAUAAAUGAUAAGAUGUGAAGGCUUUAAGUCCUGAAGGUUUAUGUUCACUCAUUGUCAAAUGUCAACUAAAAAGUGUGAGUGCGGCCAUUUCCACAAUCAUAUCAUCUCCCCGAGAAUAUACGGUUUGGAGUGGCUUCCGGCACCCCACUUGUGAAAUGAUAGAACAGACAAUGCACCAAUGGCACUACAUUCUGGUUCGA